CGGAAGGGGCGGGGCAGACGCAGAGGUGGCUCCCGCCUGAGGUCGGCGCGGUCCGGGGAGGGACGGGCGGACUGCGCAGGUCCUGAGCAGCAUGGCCGUGCCCAGUGUCAGACUGCUCACAGGUGCUCUGAGGAAGCCAGAUGCCUGGGCCAGACUCUGGGGUGCGAUUCGGGGGACAUCGUCACACAAACUUUGCACUUCCUGGAACCAGUACUUGUAUUUUUCCAGUACCAAGUUAAACACAUCAAAUUAUAAAACACUUUUCCGCAACAUUUUCUCUCUGCGACUCCCAGAGCUUUUAGUAUCUCCAGAAUGUACUUUGCCAUUUUCUAUACGACUCAAAAGCAAUAUAAACUCCAAAAAGUCUACUAAAAAGACCCUGCAAAAAGAUGCAGACGAAGAGGACUCGGAUGAGGAGACCAGUCACCCUGAGAGGAGCGAGCAGGAGGAGGAGCUGGAGGGUGAGCCUGGUGUGGUCAAGGACUACAAAGACCUGGAAAAAGUGGUGCAGUCCUUCCGGUACGACGUCAUCCUGAAGACGGGCCUUGAUACUGGGAGAAACAAAAUAGAAGAUGCAUUCUACAAAGGUGAACUCAGACUGAAUGGGGAAAAAUUGUGGAAGAAAAGCAGAACGGUGAAGGUGGGUGACACGUUGGAUCUCCUCACGGGAGAGAACAAGGAGACAGGAACAGAGGUGGUGAUGAGGAUUCUCCUGAAAAAGGUCUAUGAAGAGAAGACGGAGAACGACAAGUAUCGGGUGGUGCUGCGACGGUGGAAGAACUUAAAGCUGCCUAAAAAGACUAAAUAAACAUCUUCUCCCACAGGCUGCCUCCUAAUUGUCAGGUGGCAUAAAAAGAGGACGUUUUUACUAAAAUAAAGUUCUCCUGUCAUUUGUGGGGUCACUGGAGCACUCUGUGGAAGCUGGGGUCUGUGGGUCUCCAUCUGGCGCUGGCCUGUGCUCCCUAGGCCUGGCAUUCUGAGCGCCCCCUUGUUCCGUGCAGAGACCGAUUCUGGAGGGGCCCUGGCCAGAGAAGACGUUACAGCUUGCCUGGCAUUCCCCACACCAACUACCUCAGGAGCUGCUGUAAAAUAAAUUGGUUUUGUUUCUUUGUG